AAUAGAAAAAUACUUUAAUACUACUCCCCGAAGAACAAACAAAGGUUGUUGUUCUCUCUCUCUCUGUGGUUCGAAAAGGGCCACACACAGGACAAACCGAGGGUUUUGUCAAGUAGAAGAGAGAGAAAAAUAAAGUCCCAACUAGAAGAAGAGAGAGAGAUUGCACAAGUAAAGCAGUUAUUAAGGUUUAGAGAGAGAAAUCAAGAGAGAGAGAAGACUACUUGUUGUUCGCCCAGCUGCUGCUUAGGCUUAAAGUUGAAGUCUAUUUCUUCUACUCCAACCAGAGGCUCUGUCUCGGCUAGGGUUUCCGAAUUCUGAACAAGGACUGGCGGCCAAUUUAUUUGGUGGUUUUGAUUGGAAAACCCAACUUCUGUUUAGGUAUUUGAUCAACAGGACACUGAACAACUGGCUAUGGUUGUAAUUUUGUCAAGAUGAAGGAUAUCUUUGAUGCUUGGAAGUCCUAAGUGACAUGUGAAGCAUUAUGACGCUUGAGGACUUUUUUACCCUUACUGAGAUGAAAGAUGGGCUUACUGCUCUUGGUCGAGUUAAGGAACUGGUCAAUGUUAUGCAGAAAGAGAGAGACUGUAUUGUGAAGAAUGUUGGUGAUGCAACCAGGCAGUGGUCUACUGUUGCGAGCACUAUAGCAGCCACCGAGGACAGAGACUGCCUUGACCUUUUUGUUCAGUUAGAGGGGCUCUGGUUUAUUGAUAGGUGGCUCAAGGAUGCUCAAAAGUUUGGAAAUGACACAGGUGAAAGCUUUGUGGAAGAGUCCAUCACUGCAUUACUACGUGCACUUGAAAAACUGCACAUAGAUUGUAAAACAUCAGUGUCUUCAGGAGUUUGGAUAACAGUCAAGGAUCUCCUUGGCCACACUAGUUCUAGGGUUCAGGAUAGGGCUAGGGCCUUGUUUGAUAGCUGGAAGCAAGACGGUGACAGUGAAACAGCUCCUCAAGAUUUUCAGAAGGCUGGGAAUGAAGAAAAACCUCUAGAACUACAAAAGGAAGAAAUGUUACCAUCUACAUGCUCAGGGAAUUUCCAAACAGAAAAUGUUGAUGAUUGUCAGACCCAAACCUCUAACAAGGAAAGUACUUCAGAUCACGAAGUCUUGAAAGAUGAGGGUUCAUCAGAUCCUGUAGGGUCAUCCAUCGUGUUAGAACCUGUUAAAGAAAGUUCUUCUGUCGAGGAAGAAUCCCCGUCCUAUCAUUUGGAAGGAACUGCCUCAGUUGAAACUAGUACUUCUGUGGUCCCACAACAAGGGAUUGAGGAAAAGCCAGACAUUCCUGAUUCAAAUGAGUGUAAUGAUGAAUCAAACAAGAUACCGAAGGUGACAAGUCCUCUCUUGGGUACAAUGGAAACUUCUUCUGUUUCUCUUUUGGGUGAUGAUGUUACUGCAAAUGCUCAGGAAUCUGUUACAGAUUUGGACUUUGAAAACAAUGUUGAUACGAAAGACAAAGCUUGUCCACAAGUUUCAUCUGUUUGUGGCACAGAGGCAGAUUUGUCAGAAGGGAAAAGCAGGAGGGAUGAUGCUGAAUCUCCACUUCAUCAAUGCAGCAGCACAGCGGUUUUCGAAAAUCAAGGUCAAGAUUGCAAUACUGGUGUUCUAUCAGAAUUUGCCGGCAAGGAGGGUAAAUUGACAAAACAGGAGGACACACAGGCUUCUUUCUCCAGUGAAUGUAGCGGGGCAACUGAUGAAGUUAAGGAGCACGAUAGUGAUGAAAGCGAUGAUCUGGCAUUUGAUUCUGAUUUUUCGAAACCUGCAAUGGAUUUCAAACGCUCUGAUGUGAUUGUUGACAAGAGCAGGUCUGAUUUGGAGCUUGAUGAUCUCAUGCUAGAUCCUCUUGAGGUUGCUCGACAAGUAGCCAUAGAAGUGGAGAGAGAAGUUGUCGAUCGCAGCAGAGAGCCAAGUUGCAGCGGCUCUUCUCAAAAAACCUGUAAAAAAGGUGGGCAGCGGGAUAGCCCAGAGGGUGUAUGUGGUAAAGAAAUCCAACCCUUUGAUGCCUCAUCUAAAAAAGAGGUGCCAACUGGACCUGAUCAGUCCACUGUGUCUUCUCCAAGUGGGGAAGAUCUGUUAAGUAGUGCAAAAACCCUAGAUGCUGAAACAGAAGAUCAAAACCAAGAUAUAGACUCCUAUGAGGUCACUGAGGCGGCAGCACAAAAGGAACCUGAAGUUAGCGCAGAGAAGGGUUUCAGUGAUUUUGAUCUCAAUCAAGAACUUUGCUCUGAGGAUAUGAUAGAUCGCCCUGUAAAUCCAAACUCUACCACCAUCUCCGUGGUUUCUGCUUCAAGGGCUGCAGCGGCUCCUGGGUUUCCUAUAUCUCCUUUGCAGUUUGAGGGCGCUCAUGGUUGGAAAGGAUCCGCUGCAACCAGUGCUUUUCGCAGAAUUCUGGAAGAUGACAAGACUCAUGUUACGGAUGGUACCCAAAACGGCUCAAAGCAGCGGCAGGACUGGCGGCUUGAUUUUGAUCUGAAUGUGGCAGAGGCCGGCGAUGAUAAUAAAGCUGCAGAUCUAAUACAGUUCAAAGAUACACACAUAGCAUCUUCAGGGCUUCCCUUUGGGGAAUCUUCAGUUGAAGCCAGCACAAAAAGACAUGAGAGGUUGUUCAAUUUGGAUCUUAAUCAUGUCAGUGAUGAUGGUGAUGGUCCGUCUCCUUCCACUUCAUCAUCAUCGAUGCAGCCUGCCUUGAGGAACAUUGAUUUGAACGACCAGCCGUCUGUUCAGAAUGAUUCUUCAUCAGAUCUAGUGCAGCCUUUUUUUCUCGGUAAGUCAUCUUUGCAAAUGUUAAAUGCUUCCAGAGGAGUCAGAUCACAUGAUUCAGUGAUUUCCAUCUUGGGUACCAGAGUGGAGGUCAAUCAAAAAGAUUUUGUUCCUCAAACUCCUUCCUUGCAAAAUGGCAGGAACGUAAACCCUACCUUGGACUUUAGUCUGGGAAAUAGUGGGGGUGUUUUGGGGGUGGGUCCUGCAUUUCCAUAUUCGGGUCCUCCGGUUUUUGGGUACAAUGGGCUUCCAACAGGGCCUGCAGUAACUUUUUCAUCGGCCAUGUACGGGCCCCAUUACAUGGUAGAUUCUAGAGGAGCAACUGUCGUGCCUCAAGUUUUGGGUUCUGCAUCGGCAUCUCCAGCUGGUUACUCUCAUCCUCAGUUUGUUCUGGGUAUGAUUGAAACCCCUCCAGGUUCAAACGGUGCUGGGCCUUCUCGGUCCCAUUUUGAUCUGAAUUCAGGCUUGAUGUUUGAAGGUGGAAACAGGGAAUCCUCUUCGGGCUCCGGUGGUGUUGGAAAACGGAAGGAACCAGAUGGUGGGUGGGAGCCCUACCCAUUUAGCUAUAAACAUCAACAACCGCCGUGGAAAUAGGGUAUUUAUAUCUGGGUCCCCUCUUUGGAUCAGUUUAGGAACUAAACACAACAGACUAAUGUUUUUUACAUAGCUAUAGGUGAGAUCCAGAGAAGGUUAUCCUAAUUUAAAUUAGUGGGAGGGAGGGAGAGUUUGUAGAAGUGAAUAAAGACGAUAAUUGUGGAUGUUAUGUGAUUCAUGAGAUUAACUGCCAAAGAAGGAAAGGAAAGGUUAGGAUUUAUUGUUUUCAAAUGGUUUAUUUUCUUAUUUUGCUUUGUCUAUGUUCAUAGCCGGCCCUUACUACCAUAGAAAGCUUGUUACAUGUAGCUGUAAUCUCUCCUUAUAUAUAUCAAAGACAUUUAGUGAAA